AUGCCUACCGAGAUCAGCCUCCUCACCGAGGCAGAUAUCCCGGCUGCCGUCUCUGCCGUGCAGGAAGCCUUUGCCGAUGAUCCAUACUACAACUGGGUGUUUGACACUGCCAAGUUCGAUAAGAGACGGAAUACGGCCUCUGUAGGCAUCAGAUGCCGGUCCGGGAUUCGCCAGGGGCUGUACUACAUUGCCAAAGAUGGAGAGACCGGCAAGACGCUGGGCGUUUCCAUGUGGCUGCCACCUCGGCCCACCGAUCGCCCGCAGUCGUGGUCCUCCUGGCUCGACGACUGGAGGGUAUGGCUGGAGCAAGUCGGCAUGAACCUCUGGUACGGCCGGGGCGGGUUGAACCUCAAGCGCUACUGGAUCUGGAGGAAAGCACAGGCCCAGGCGCACGAGGAGAUCUGGACGGACCCCCGCGGGUACUACUUCCUCAACAUCAUGGUCGUCACGUCCGAGGCUCGGGGCCGGGGCAUCGGCAGGCGGCUCGUGGCGGCCGUGACCGACAGGGCGGACAGGGAGGGCAUGCCCUGCUACCUCGAGUCGAGCAAGGCGGCGCCCAACAUCCAGAUCUACGAGCGCCUGGGCUUCCGGCUCGCGGGGGACAUCGUCUGCGAGGACGAGGACGAGGACGGCGGCGGCGAGUCGUCUGUCAAGCUCUACUGCAUGAUAAGAGACCCGCAGCCGCAAGUGUCCUCCCUGGCGCGGGGAAAGGAGGAAGACCUCCACCAGGCCUGA